AUGUCUCAAAUACAAGCCAAAGAAGCUCAUACUUCAUCAGAAUCCAUAUCGAGACUUCCGGAAGUGCAAAAGAACUUAAUGGAGACCCUGCUAAAUCAAAAUCUUUCCGAGGUGGGAACUCCAAUGACCGCGCACGGAUUAAUGUACCAAAAUACAGAGGUGAUUCGAGAGAUGCUUUAUAUGUUGAAUAGUAUCUGCGGUCAAGCAGCUGUUCUAUCACCUAAUAUAGGUCGUCCUGGAGAUAGGAAAUCAGCACCAAGUUAUAUAGAAGCGAAACCUAUUAAUCUUACCAGAAAUCAGACACCCAGCUAUGAAUCUGACCUGUUGUUUCCACCCGCUUCUACAAAGGGACAGUUUGUUUGUCCGAACUGUGGACAAGACUUUCUCAAUCGAGACGCACUCGCUAUGCACAUGAUGGAGAGUGUGCAUUCAGAAGCUUGUGCAGGCACCAAUAACGUAGCCGGCUGCAGUAAAGAAGAUCGAAAUGCGAAGUCAGUCAAUUGCCACCAUUUGAAAAUUCCUUCCAUCAACCAACCCACAAGUUCAACUCGUCGUUAUAUCAGACUUCCAUUCCCACCUAACAGUGGCAAUACCCAAUUUGAUUCAAUCUUUCAAUCCAUCACAAAGACUACUUCGCCAACGUUAGAUGUUGGAGUUCCACGACCUGGAAGAAAACCUAGACGCCUAAUUCCAAUUAUAGCAGGAGGUGACAGAGGCGGCCCGGAACAGACUGAAGACAUAUGCAGGAAUCCACUUUCACUAAAAAGGUCCAAAUCUUGUGAGCCCAAAGUCGAAAAUAGAACUCAAGAUCAGCCAGAUAGAGCCAGUUCAACGCCUGGUGGUCUACAUGCCAUUAAAAUCAGAAAUACGGUUGAUUCUUCCAAUGAUCUUAAUAAUAAUACCUAUAGACACAAAAGAAUGGAAAUCGGCGAGCAUGAAAGUCAUCGGCGUCCCAAAGUUGUAAUAACCGAUCCUCCGAUAGUGAAAAGAGCCCGCACCUCCGUGAUAGAUGAUGAUGAUGAUGCUGGUGAUGAAGCCUCAGCAACAGUUCGAAAGGGAGAAAGAGUAGGUGCUGUAUCAUCUGGAGGUCUUUCUAAUCAGUGGCUACCUUCUGAUUCAGCACCCGGGGAUAUUGCAGUUGGGGCUCCCUACCCAUUUGUGUGUCGGCACUGCGCGAUCGGUUUUUCCGAUCAAACUCUCUUUAAUCUCCACAUGGGUCUUCAUACAUCCUUCAAUCCUUGGCAAUGCAAUAUGUGCAGCAAGGAGUUCUCAAACGUCUAUGAGUUUACUGCCCAUGCUUUGCACUACUGA